AUGGGCUUGCGAUCCGAGCUCAGGAUAUCUCCGGAGAUUGUCAAAGCUUUGAGUGGUAGAGGAAUCGAUAAACUCUUUCCUAUUCAGAAAGAUGUUCUUGAGACAGCGAUGCAAGGCCGUGACAUGAUCGGUCGAGCUAGAACAAGAACAGGAGAGACGCUUACUUUUGGGAUUCCACUCAUUGACAAGAUCAUCAAAUUCAAUACUAAACAUGGGCGUAGGAAAAAUCCUCUUUGCUUAGUUUUAGCUCCGACGAGAGAGCUUGCUAAACUUCCAAGCAUUGCCGUGGAAUGUGGAAGCGCAAGCAUGUUUGAAGGAAUGAGUCCUCGGUCUGGUGGAUCCUAUGGAAGAGGAGGUCGUGGUGGUUCAAGCUUUGGAGGUCGUUCAGGUGGUUAUGGCGGUGGUGGCUAUGGUAGCAGCAGUGGCCGUUCAGGCGGAUCAGGCGGUCGUUACUCUAGCGGUUCAGACCGUUUUUUCUGGUUACCUGGUUACCGGAGCUUUGGUUCAGGUGGUUCAGAGCGUUCCUCAGGUUAUGGGGGAGGAUUUGGGUCUUCUCGGUCAAGUGGAAGGAGCAGCUUUGGUGGUUUGGUCUGUGAGAAAUGUAAGAACGCAAUUUCUACAAUGGACAACUGA